UAAUCGAUAUUUUUCCAUCACUAUCACAAAAUAAUUAUCAUUGGCGAAAUAAACAAAACGCACCUAGCGCAUAUGGGAAUUAAAAUUGAUUUUAAGUGAAUUAUCUGAAGACUAAAAAGGAAUAAAACAAACAUGGGAUUUCUUUCAGUCUUAAAGAAAAUGCGUCAAAAAGAAAAGGAGAUGCGAAUUUUACUGCUCGGACUAGAUAAUGCCGGUAAAACAACAAUAUUAAAGAGAUUUAACGGCGAGUCCAUAGACACAAUUUCGCCAACAUUGGGUUUCAAUAUAAAAACACUAGAGCACAAUGGAUAUAUGCUGAAUCUGUGGGAUGUAGGCGGUCAGAAGUCGCUACGUUCUUAUUGGCGCAACUACUUUGAAUCAACUGACGGGCUAGUGUGGGUAGUUGACAGUGCAGAUCGUAUGCGUCUUGAGUCAUGUAAACAAGAACUUAGAGUGUUGUUACAAGAGGAAAGGCUUGCCGGCGCUACACUGCUAGUACUAGCGAACAAACAGGACUUACCUGGUGCCCUCAGCGCAAAUGAUAUCAAAGAUAUUCUCGAGCUAGACGAUAUAACUACACAUCAUUGGCUGGUUGUGGGUGUGAGUGCCGUAACUGGUGAAAAAUUGCUAGGCGCUAUGGAUUGGCUAAUUGACGAUAUCGCAAAGCGCAUAUUUACCUUGGAUUAAUACUCUUACUUUGAUAAAGGAACAUUCAUACUUAGUAUUACUAGGCAUUUUUCUCAAAUCGAACUUACUUUUCUAACAAAUAUAACUUAUAUAAUUGCUCUUCAACUGCACUUUUAAA